AUGGAUGUGGGUAGUGGAAAGAGAGCUAGUCUGCUGCUUCAAGCACAAGCUCAUGUAUGGAAUCAUACAAUGAACUUCGUAAACUCCAUGGCACUGAAAUGUGCAGUUCGACUGGGCAUUCCAGAUGCCAUCAACAACCAUGGCCAACCCAUUACUCUUUCUGAACUGGUCACUGCCUUGUCAAUCAAUCCAAUAAAAGCUCCUUGCCUCCAUCGUCUUAUGCGCGUUCUCGUUCAUUCUGGCUUCUUUGCUCAACAACAGGCCGACCACAAUGAGCAAGAACAACUGUAUUCGCUAACUUAUGCAUCUCGGUUCCUGCUAAAAGAUGAGCCAACCAGUGGAGCGCCGCUCUUGCUUGUUCAAGUUGAUCCGCAUUUAACAAACCCCUGCCAUUUCUUGAGUGAUUGGUUCCGAAAUAGUGAUCCCACCCCAUUCGUUACUGCAUAUGGGAAGCCAUUUUGGGAUUAUGCAGCUCAUGAACCAAAGUUUAACAAUUUCUUUAAUGAGGCCAUGGCAAGUGACUCCCAGCUGAUAGCCAGUGUGGUGGUUGGAGAGUGUAAGGAGGUAUUCCGAGGGUUGAGCUCCUUGAUUGAUGUUGGGGGCGGCACCGGAACAAUGGCCAAGGUCAUUGCCAAAGCAUUUCCACACUUGAAGUGUACUGUGUUUGAUCAACCGCAUGUGGUUGCAAACUUGCAGGGUGGUGAGAACUUGGAGUUUGUUGGAGGGGAUAUAUUUGAGGCAAUUCCUCCUGCAGAUGCAAUCUUACUUAAGUCGAUUUUACACAACUGGAGUGACGGAGAAUGUGUGAAGAUACUGAAGAAAUGCAAAGAAGCAAUACAUCCAAGAAAGGACAAGGGAGGGAAGGUGAUAAUCAUAGACAUAGUAAUGGAAAACAACAAGGGAGAUGAGGCAGUAGAAGCACAGCUCUUUUACGACAUACUUAUGAUGGUUGUGGUUGCAGGCAAAGAGAGAAAUGAGAGAGAAUGGGAGAAUCUCUUCCUGGCUGCAGGCUUCGCGCACUAUAAGAUAACCUCGACUUUGGGUCCAAGGUCCCUCAUUGAGGUUUAUCCUUGA